AUGUCUAAAGUUUCUACACCAGAAUUAAAAAAGUAUAUGGAUAAGAAACUUUAUGUAAUAAUAAAUGGACAACGUAAUUUAAUAGGUGUUCUUAGAGGUUAUGAUGUUUUUUUGAAUAUUGUUCUUGAUGAAGCAGUUGAAGAAUUAGGGGGGGGUGAAAAGAAGACGAUUGGGACAGUCGUUAUUCGAGGAAAUUCAGUUGUAAUGAUUGAAGCUUUAGAACGAAUCUAAAUAUGAAUAUAUAGGGGUCAAUAUUGAUUUGACUGGAUAAUUUUAAUGUUUUUUUGUAUAAUUUGGAGUUGAUCGU